AACCCGCAAUACCCUUCAAGGAAAAACUGAAAGAUCUUGAAGUGAGGGAGAAAGAGUCUGCCACCUUCCAAUGUGAAGUGCCUGUUCCUAGCACAGAGACAGCUUGGUUCAAGGAGGAAACCAAACUCCGGCAGAGCAAGAAAUACAACAUUGAAGAAGAGGGCACGUAUCGCCGGCUCACUGUCCAGAAUGUCACCACAGAUGAUGAUGCUGUUUAUAUCUGUGAGAUGAAAGAAGGCAGCAGGACUAUCGCGGAGCUGUCUGUCCAAGGGAACAUCAUCAAGAAACUUCCACGAAAGACUGCGGUCUCCGUAAAUGACACAGCCAUCUUCUGUGUGGAGCUGGACAAUGAAUGCCAGAACAUCCGAUGGCUGAAAAAUAAAGAAGAAGUGAAACCCAGUGAUCGAAUCUCCAUCACAGGCUCCGGCAAGAAACAUACCAUGAUCAUCCGAGAGUGUAAGAUGGAAGAUGCUGGUGAAAUUGCCUUCCUGGCUGAUGAAAGCAGGACUUCUACCCAGUUCACUGUGACCACUCCCAAAAAACCUCCCACCCAACCCCCAGCUGACCCUGUGGUGAAAAAUAAAACAGAAACCUCAGUGACGCUCGCAUGGUCCCCUCCCAAGAUGGACCGCCCCAUUCCCAUCGAUGGCUACAUCGUGGAACGCAAGAAACUAACCGGCUUUACCUGGGUGAGGUGCCAUGAGUCCCAUGUCCCUGUCCCCGAAUUCACAGUAAGCAACCUAUCAGAAGAGGCUGAUUAUCAGUUCAGAGUGUCUGCAGUCAACGCCUACGGACAGAGCCCCUACCUGGAGUUCCCAGGGAGCAUGCACCUUGAACCUGUCCUGGCUGUGAAAACCCCCCUGACAACCGUUGAGGCUGUACCUGGAGGGGAUGCCCUCUUCACUGUUGACCUUACAAAAACAUGUUCCGGCGCUUGGUACCUUAAUGGUAAAGUCUUACAGGAAAGCGAGACCUGUAUCAUUAAGAGAACUCAAACUACUCACACCCUAAUCAUAAAGAAUGUCACCAAGAACGAUGAUGGAGCAGAAGUGAAAUUUGUUGCCAAUAAUGUGGACACCAGCACCAAGAUGAGAGUGAAAGGUGUUGCAGUGAGAUUUACCAACAAGAGCAGAGAUAUAGAAAAGGUCUCUGCUCGAUUGCGAGAGGAAGCCAAACUUCAGGCCGAGCUUUCGGACUCUGAAGUUACCGUGAAGUGGAUGAAGGAUGGGAAAGAGCUCAAGGCCAGUGAAAAACAUGAAAUUCAAACUGUGGGGAAGAGGCACAUCCUGAAAAUUCGCAACACUGCAGCAGAGGAUGCUGGAGUUUAUGAAUGCGUCUGUGAAGGGGAUAAAAUGCUCUAUCAGCUCUCAGUGAAAGCACUUGCAAACUUUAUAAACAAAGAGAAAAGUGGAGGAGUUGUCAAGGCCAUUGCUGGAAAACAGGCUGAAUUUGUUUCCGAGACCUCCGAGGCCAACAUCAUGGUUAAGUGGUACAAAGAUGGCAAAGAAAUCACAGCCAGCAAGAAAUUCGCCAUGGAAGAUAAAGGAAAACUGCAUAAGCUUGUGGCUUCAGCUGUGACAAAAGAAGAUGAAGGAACAUACACAUGCAGAAUUGGAGAUGACACUCUUAUUUUUGAUUUAAAAGUCUCAGAUGAAGCGGUUAAUUUUGUCAACAAGCCCAAAACAACUCCAGAAAUAUCAGUCAGACCUUCUGAAAACCUGGAGCUAGUGUGUGAGGUGUCGGCUGCGAGCGGAGCCGUGGUAUGGAAGAAGGAUCAAACCGAGGUGAGGCAGGACCAGAGGACAACAGUCGUCUCCCAGGGGACACACCGCAAGCUCAUCAUCAAGAAAGUGACGCAGCAAGACCAAGGGAGCUAUACCUGUGAAACAAAGGAUGACAGAACAACAUUCCAAGUCAAAGUCAGAGAGACAGAAGACAUGUUUACAAACAAGGAGAAGGUGCAGAAGGAGGUAAAAGCUGCACUAUCAGAAAACGCCACGCUGAGCUGCGAGGUGGCCCAGGAGAAGACCGAUGUGAAAUGGUACAAGGAGGGCAAACUGAUCACCUCGAGCAAGAAGUUCCAGGUGGAGUCGGAGGGCAAAUCGCGUCGCCUGGUGGUGGGUCAGGUGGAGAAGAAAGAUGCUGGGGAGUACACCUGCGAGGCUGCUGGCCAGAAACUGACCUUCAAGAUUGUUGUCACAGAAGCAGAAGCAGCAUUUGUCAAUAAAGAUAAAGUGAAGAAAGAGGUAAAAGCUGCACUAUCAGAAAAUGCCACCCUGAGCUGCGAGGUGGCCCAGGAGAAGACCGAUGUGAAAUGGUACAAGGAGGGCAAACUGAUCACCUCGAGCAAGAAGUUCCAGGUGGAGUCGGAGGGCAAAUCGCGUCGCCUGGUGGUGGGUCAGGUGGAGAAGAAAGAUGCUGGGGAGUACACCUGCGAGGCUGCUGGCCAGAAACUGACCUUCAAGAUUGUUGUCACAG